UGACCGACGACCACCAUGAGUUAUCCACCAGGAAUGCCAUUUCCUCCGCCUGGCAUGGGCUCACGAUUGCCUCCACCACCCCCAGGAAUGCCCGGCAUGCCUCCUCCACCACCUGGCAUGCUGCCACCGCAAGGUUUUAGCAACGCCCAGGGCUCGAGGAUGCCUCCUGAAGUGCUAGCGCAAAAGUCGCAAAAAUGGAUCCAGAUGCAGAAAAAGCGCUAUGGGGAGAAGCGCAAGGGAGGAUUUGUUGAUAUGGGCAAGCAGGAUCUCCCUCCCGAGCAUGUGCGAAAAAUCAUCAAGGACCACGGCGACAUGAGCAAUCGCAAGUUCAGAAACGACAAGCGUGUACAUUUGGGUGCCCUCAAGUACGUUCCACAUGCCGUCAUGAAGCUGCUCGAAAACAUUCCUUACCCUUGGGAGCAAGUUCGUGAAGUGCCGGUGCUCUACCACAUCACCGGUGCGAUCACGUUCGUCAACGAGAUUCCGCGAGUUAUCGAACCAGUAUAUCACGCGCAGUGGAGCAGUAUGUGGCUUGCGAUGCGGAGAGAGAAGCGCGACCGUAGGCAUUUCAAGCGUAUGCGCUUCCCGCCAUUCGAUGACGAGGAGCCCCCUCUCGACUAUGGCGACAAUGUCCUGGAUGUCGAGCCUCUCGAAGCGAUUCAGCUCGAACUUGAUGAUGAGGAGGAUGCCGCCAUCUGCGAGUGGUUCUACGAUCCGAAGCCCCUUCUUGAUACUCCUCACGUCAAUGGGCCGUCGUACAGGUAUUGGAACCUGACGCUGCCUAUUAUGGCGAACCUGUACCGCUUAGGGCGGACACUCUUGUCAGACCACACAGAUAGCAAUUCCAGCUAUUUGUUCGACAAGAAGUCGUUCUUCACGGCAAAGGCUUUGAACGUGGCAAUCCCUGGUGGUCCAAAGUUUGAGCCGUUGUACCGGGAUAUGGACACGUUCGACGAAGAUUGGAACGAGUUCAAUGAUAUCAACAAGGUCAUCAUCCGUCAGCAGAUUCGGACGGAAUACAAGGUCGCCUUCCCUCACCUCUACAACUCGUUACCACGCUCCGUGCACAUUUCUCCCUACCACACACCGAAGAACGUAUACAUCCGUACCGACGAUCCCGAUCUGCCUGCUUUCUAUUUCGACCCUCUGAUCAACCCAAUCUCUCUUCGCGGGUUUACGCCGAAGAACGCACCAUUGGCAUCGCACGAGGACGCAAUCUUUGGCCCGAACGAUGCGGAUGACGAUGACUUCGAAUUACCAGAAGAGAUCGAGCCGUUCCUUGAAGAUAAGCCACUGGAGAACGACAUCACUGCAGAUGCUAUCGCCCUUUGGUGGGCGCCUGAUCCAUACAACCGCCGAUCCGGACGCAUGCGGCGUGCGCAGGAUGUGCCACUCGUGAAGAACUGGUAUCUUGAGCAUUGUCCGCCCAAUCAGCCGGUGAAGGUCCGCGUGUCGUAUCAGAAGUUACUCAAGUGCUUUGUCCUGAACGAGCUGAAGACACGGCCAGAGAAGGCGAUGACAAAGAAAAAUCUGUUCAGGCAGUUGAAGGCGACGAAAUUCUUCCAGACGACUCGCCUUGAUUGGGUCGAGGCUGGUCUUCAGGUCUGCCGGCAAGGUUACAAUAUGCUGAAUCUCCUCAUUCACCGCAAGAACUUGAAUUAUUUGCACUUGGAUUACAACAUGAAUCUCAAGCCGGUGAAGACGUUGACAACCAAGGAGCGUAAGAAGUCGCGAUUCGGAAAUGCAUUCCACCUUUGCCGUGAGAUUUUGCGUCUCACCAAGCUGGUCGUCGAUGCGCAUGUGCAGUUCCGACUCGGAAAUGUCGAUGCUUUCCAAUUGGCCGACGCGCUGCAAUACAUCUUCGCACACAUUGGUGCUCUCACUGGAAUGUAUCGUUACAAGUACAAGCUGAUGAGACAAGUACGUAUGACCAAAGACCUGAAGCACCUCAUCUACUACCGCUUCAACACUGGUCCUGUUGGCAAGGGCCCUGGGUGCGGCUUCUGGGCACCUGGCUGGCGCGUCUGGUUAUUCUUCAUGCGCGGUAUUGUGCCUCUGUUGGAGAGAUGGCUUGGCAAUCUCCUCGCACGUCAAUUCGAGGGCCGCAACAGCAAGGGAAUCGCAAAGACGGUCACGAAACAGCGUGUAGAGUCGCACUACGACCUCGAGCUCCGUGCCGCCGUAAUGCACGAUAUUCUCGACAUGAUGCCCGAGUCGAUCAAGCAAAACAAGUCGAAGACUAUUCUGCAACAUCUAUCGGAGGCAUGGCGCUGCUGGAAAGCCAACAUCCCGUGGAAGGUUCCUGGUAUGCCGACCGCGAUCGAAAAUAUCAUCCUACGGUACAUCAAGAGCAAAGCCGACUGGUGGACGUCCGUUGCCCACUACAACCGUGAGCGCAUUCGGCGGGGCGCGACCGUCGAUAAGGCUGUCGUGAAGAAGAACCUUGGCCGUUUGACCCGGCUUUACCUGAAAGCGGAACAGGAGCGUCAACACGGCUACCUCAAGGAUGGUCCAUAUGUCAGUGCUGAAGAGGCAGUGGCGAUUUACACUGCUACGGUGCACUGGCUGGAGAGCCGAAAGUUCUCGCCCAUUCCAUUCCCGCCGUUGAACUAUAAGCACGACACGAAGCUGCUCGUUCUUGCGCUUGAGAAGCUCAAGGAGGCUUACUCGGUUAAAGGUCGUCUGAACCAGUCGCAGCGUGAGGAGCUGGCCCUCAUCGAGCAGGCGUAUGACAAUCCACACGAGUGUCUGUCUCGUAUAAAGCGUCUGCUCUUGACGCAGAGAGCAUUCAAAGAGGCUGGUAUUGAGUUCUUCGACACCUAUGACAAGCUUAUCCCUUGUUACGACAUCGAGCCGGUGGAGAAGAUCACGGAUGCCUAUCUCGACCAGUUUUUGUUCUUCGAGGCCGACAAACGUGGACUGUUCCCUGCGUGGAUCAAGCCUGCAGAUACUGAGCCUCCUCCAUUGCUCGUCUACAAGUGGUGCCAAGGCAUCAACAACUUGACCGACAUCUGGGAGACGAGUGAGGGAGAGUGCAACGUGAUGAUGGAGACCGUGUUAUCCAAGGUAUACGAGAAGAUCGACUUGACUUUGCUUAACCGUCUCUUGCGGCUCAUUUUGGAUCACAACCUCGCGGACUAUAUCACAGCCAAGAACAACACAGUCCUGACAUACAAGGACAUGGCACACACUAAUGCCUAUGGCUUGAUCCGUGGCUUGCAGUUCUCUGCUUUCGUCUUCCAGUACUACGGUCUGGUUCUCGACUUGUUGAUACUCGGUCUGCAGCGCGCAAGUGAGAUGGCUGGUCCUCCCCAGAUGCCCAACAACUUCCUGCAAUACCGUGACUCCGCCACCGAGACGCGCCAUCCGAUCCGUCUCUACUCUCGUUACGUCGAUAGGCUGCACAUUCUCUUCCGUUUCACCGCGGAGGAGUCGCGCGACCUGAUUCAACGGUAUCUGAGUGCGAACCCUGAUCCGACCAACAACAACGUUAUUGGCUACAACAACAAGCGUUGCUGGCCGCGAGACUGUCGCAUGCGACUCAUCAAGCACGACGUAAACUUGGGCCGUGCAGUCUUCUGGAACGUCAAGCAGAGUCUCCCGCGCUCACUUACGACUAUCGACUGGGAGGACACUUUCGUCAGUGUGUACUCUAAGGACAAUCCGCAGCUACUGUUCUCCAUGUGCGGUUUCGAGGUUCGGAUCCUCCCCAAGAUUAGGACGCUCAGCGGCGAGCAGUUCUCGCUGAAAGAUGCAGUCUGGAACUUGACAAACGAGCAGACAAAAGAGCGCACUGCUCAGGCGUUCUUGCGUGUAUCUGAUGAUGGUGUCCAGCAGUUUAACAACAGGAUUCGGCAAGUCCUCAUGAGUUCCGGUUCGACGACAUUCUCCAAGAUCGUCAACAAGUGGAACACUGCACUCAUCGGUUUGAUGACCUACUACCGAGAAGCGGUCAUCCACACGAACGAGCUGUUGGAUGCUCUUGUGAAGGCGGAGAACAAGAUUCAGACUCGUGUCAAGAUCGGGUUGAAUAGUAAGAUGCCGUCUCGUUUCCCGCCGGUCGUAUUCUAUACACCAAAGGAACUGGGUGGACUGGGCAUGUUGUCCAUGGGUCAUGUCUUGAUUCCUCAAAGUGAUCUCCGCUGGUCUAAGCAGACGGACGUUGGAGUGACACACUUCAGGGCGGGUAUGUCGCAUGAGGAGGAUCAACUAAUCCCUAAUUUGUAUCGCUACCUGCAACCGUGGGAGGCGGAGUUCCUGGAUUCUGCUCGUGUGUGGUCCGAGUACUCGAUGAAGCGCAAGGAGGCGAACGCCCAGAACCGUCGUCUGACACUCGAGGAUCUGGAGGAUAGUUGGGAUCGUGGUAUUCCGCGUAUCAACACCUUGUUCCAGAAGGACCGUCAUACGUUGGCGUACGAUCGCGGAUGGCGUGUACGAACCGACUGGAAGCAGUACCAGCUCCUGAAGCACAACCCCUUCUGGUGGACGUCGCAGCGCCAUGAUGGCAAGCUUUGGCAGCUCAAUAACUAUCGAGUCGAUGUAAUUGCUGCACUCGGGGGUGUCGAAGGCAUUCUUGAGCACACGUUGUUCAAGGGAACCUACUUCCCCACGUGGGAGGGUCUCUUCUGGGAGAAGGCGUCCGGUUUCGAGGAGUCCAUGCGGUACAAGAAGUUGACGAAUGCCCAACGAUCUGGUUUGAACCAAAUUCCCAACCGUCGUUUCACGCUCUGGUGGAGUCCUACCAUCAACCGUGCCAAUGUCUACGUCGGUUUCCAAGUCCAGCUUGAUCUGACCGGUAUCUUCAUGCACGGCAAGAUCCCGACCUUGAAAAUCAGUUUGAUCCAGAUCUUCCGUGCGCACUUGUGGCAGAAGAUCCACGAGAGUGUGGUUAUGGAUCUGUGUCAAGUAUUCGAUCAGGAGCUGGAGCCUCUGCAAAUUGAGACCGUGCAGAAGGAGACGAUUCAUCCUCGUAAGAGUUACAAGAUGAACUCCUCUUGCGCCGACAUCCUCUUAUUCUCCGCGUAUAAAUGGAACAUCUCAAGACCUUCGCUCGUCACAGAUAGCAAGGAUGUGCUUGAUGGAACGACGUCCAACAAGUACUGGAUUGAUGUACAAUUGCGUUGGGGAGACUUCGAUACCCACGAUAUCGAGCGCUACACGCGUGCUAAGUUCUUGGACUACAUCUCCGAUUCCAUGAGUAUCUACCCGUCACCAACGGGUGUCAUGAUCGGCAUGGAUCUGUCGUACAAUCUGUGGUCGGCGUAUGGUAAUUGGUUCCCGGGCAUGAAGCCGCUCAUCCAACAGGCGAUGGCGAAGAUCAUGAAGGCGAAUCCGGCUUGCCACGUGCUACGGGAGCGCAUCCGCAAGGGUCUUCAGCUCUACUCUUCAGAGCCGACGGAGCCGUAUCUCAACAGUCAGAACUACUCGGAGCUGUUCUCAAAUCAAAUCAUUUGGUUCGUUGACGACACGAAUGUGUAUCGGGUCACCAUUCACAAGACAUUCGAGGGUAACUUGACAACCAAGCCAAUCAACGGUGCCAUCUUCAUCUUCAACCCGCGCUCCGGUCAACUCUUCUUGAAGAUCAUCCACACCAGUGUCUGGGCAGGCCAGAAGCGACUAGGUCAGCUAGCGAAGUGGAAGACUGCUGAGGAAGUUGCAGCUCUGGUGCGAUCGUUGCCGGUUGAAGAACAGCCCAAGCAAGUUAUUGUGACCCGUAAGGGCAUGUUGGAUCCUCUUGAGGUCCAUUUGCUCGACUUCCCGAACAUUGUCAUCAAGGGCAGCGAGUUGCAGCUGCCGUUCCAGGCUUGCAUGAAGAUGGAGAAGUUUGGAGACCUGAUCCUGCGUGCUACUCAACCGCAGAUGGUGCUGUUCAAUCUAUACGACGACUGGCUCAAGAGCAUCUCCAGUUACACAGCGUUCUCCCGUCUCAUUCUCCUGCUACGUGGUCUGCACGUGAACAACGAGAAAGCCAAGAUCGUCCUCCGGCCAGACAAGAACACUAUUACAGAACCGCACUUCGUCUGGCCAUCGUUGUCUGACGAAGAAUGGAUUAAGGUCGAGGUUGCUUUGAAGGAUCUAAUUCUGGCUGACUUCGGCAAGCGCAACAGUGUGAACAUCGCAUCGCUGACAGCAAGCGAGAUCCGAGAUAUCAUCCUCGGUCAGGAGAUUGCCGCACCAUCCGUGCAGCGCCAGCAGAUGGCGGAGUUGGAGAAGAGCUCUGAGGCACAGAGUCAGGUCACUGCCAUACAGACGCAAACCACCAACAUUCAUGGUGAUGCCAUCCAGACUGUGACAACGACAAACUACGAGCAGCAAGUAUUCAGUAGCAAGUCCGACUGGCGUGUGCGCGCGAUCUCUGCGACGCAUUUGCCUCUUCGUCUUCAGCACAUCUAUGUCUCCAACGACGAGGUCAGGGACGACGCUGGUUCGUACACCUACGUACUUCCGAAGAACAUCUUGCGCGCAUUUGUCACCUCUGCGGACCUGCGCACGCAAGUUGCGGCCUUCCUGUACGGCGUGUCUCCUCCCGACAACAAGCAAGUCAAGGAGGUAAAGGCAAUCGCUUGGGUUCCUCAGCGAGGAAACAACAACAGCGUGGAGCUACCAUCGCAGCUGCCGAAGGACGACUUUUUGCUCAAAGACUUCGAGCCUCUCGGGUGGAUCAAGACGCAAGCGCUAGAGAUGCCUAAUCUUCCGCCGACGGACGUGACGACGCAGGCGAAGCUGAUGGCGGAGCACCCUGAAUGGGGCUCAUCAUCUAUCUGUCUGACAUGCGCGUUCACGCCGGGCUCUGUGUCGCUCUCCGCGCAUUCGGUCACGGUCGCCGGGUUCGAAUGGGGCAGAAAGAAUAUGGACACAUCUCCCAAUCCGGCAGGGUUCAACCCGAACAUGUCUGAGCGCGUGCAGCUGCUGCUGUCGGACCGGGUGCUGGGGAUGACGCUUGUGCCGGAGGGCAGGGUGUGGAACUAUGGGAUCGGGCUGACGCAGCUGUGGUCGCCGUCGAUGCACUACUCGAUGACGUUGGAUACCCCGUUGCCGUUCUGGGCGGAAGAGCAUCGGCCGGCGGCGUUCCUCUCGUUCGCGAACCUCGAGGCGGGAGAGGACAGUGCUGAUGUGGAAAAUAGCUUCGCGUGAUGUCGUGUGUUUUGUGUCUUGUCGCAUUGCUGUGAUGUAUUAGUGUUGAAGUUACUGCAAGUG